UUGAAGAGAGUCGAUUGAGAAAUCAAACGAAAAAGUUUAGUAGUUUUGCAUUUGUCAUCGGCAAAGUACUGUCAAAGGUCAUCAUUACACACAGCAUUAUAUUCAACUUAAAAACGAAGGCCAAAUCGGUGAAAAUUAAUUGUAUUAACAAAGAUGUCUCAACCAAUGGAGGAACAAACAUCGCAAAAAGUAUUCGGUGGCUGUGAAGGUCCUGAUGCUAUGUACGUGAAACUUAUUUCAUCCGAUGGACACGAAUUUAUUGUGAAACGGGAACAUGCAUUGACAUCGGGCACAAUCAAAGCUAUGCUGUCGGGACCGGGCCAAUUUGCUGAAAAUGAAGCAAACGAAGUGAACUUCCGUGAGAUUCCGUCUCAUGUACUGCAAAAGGUGUGCAUGUAUUUCACAUACAAAGUUCGAUACACAAAUAGUUCUACCGAAAUACCUGAGUUUCCAAUAGCACCGGAAAUUGCCUUGGAGCUGUUGAUGGCAGCUAAUUUCUUGGAUUGUUAAGUCUCACAUUGCGAAACAUCUGAAUGCAAUGUAUUUUUUUUCUCUCACACACAUCUUAUACUACUUUCUUGAAGUCAAUAUUUUCCAACUUUUGUAAAAAACAAAAAAAAAAAAACAAACAAAACGAUAAGAAUCAAACGGAACAUUAAAAUUCUGCAUUAUUUAAAGGAAAG